AUGGUUUACCUUACAGGUGACAUUAUCUCUAGACUUACCUCAGAUACUACUCAGGUGAGCGACCUCAUCUCACAAAAUGUCAACCUGUUCCUGCGCAGCUUUGUGAAAGCUGUGGGCAUCUUCAUAUUCAUGUUUGGGAUGUCAUGGAAACUGUCGGUAGUCACCAUCAUGGGUUUCCCAUAUAUAGCUGUGGUCUCCAAGCUGUAUGGAGAGUAUUACAAGAAAUUAACCAAAGAAGUUCAGACAGCACUGGCUCAGGCCAAUAAAGUGGCCGAGGAAACAAUAUCAGCCAUGAGAACAGUGCGAAGUUUUGCAAAUGAAGAUCAGGAGGCAGACUCGUACUACAGCAGACUGCAGGAGAUGUUCGUUCUUAAUAAGAAACAAGCAGUUGCCUAUGCCUGCUUCAUGUGGUCCAGCUAUAUCUCUGAGCUAGCCUUGCAAGUAGCAAUCCUGUAUUAUGGAGGCCACCUUGUGGUGACAAAUCAGAUGAGUGGAGGGACCCUAAUUUCCUUUGUCAUUUAUGAGCUGGAGCUCGGUGAGGCCCUGGAGAGUAUAUCGUCAGUGUACACAGGUCUGAUGCAAGGCGUUGGCGCUGCAGAGAAAGUGUUCGAAUAUAUAGACAGGAAACCUAAACAUAUCCUUGAUGGUCAACAAGCUCCAGAAACAUUUGAAGGGCAGGUGGAAUUCAAAAAUGUGACGUUUGCAUAUCCAACACGGCCAGAGAUGGAUAUAUUAAAGAAUGUUUCCUUCAAUCUUCGCCCAGGGCAAGUGACUGCACUGGUAGGGCCCUCUGGUGGUGGAAAAAGCUCAUGUGUGUGUUUGCUGGAGAAUUUCUAUGCUCCUCAGCAAGGCCAUGUGCUUGUGGACGGCCAACCUGUGAACAGCUACCAGCACAAAUACUAUCACUCUAAGGUAGCACUGGUGAGUCAGGAGCCUGUUCUAUUUGCCCGCACUGUUCAGAUGAAUAUAUCCUAUGGUGUACCUGAAGCCCCCAUGGAGGCAGUCAUUAGAGCUGCCAUUAAUGGCAAUGCACAUGACUUCAUAACAGGCCUCUCCAAAGGCUAUGAAACUGGGGUUGGAGAGAAGGGUGCUCAGCUGUCUGGUGGGCAAAAACAGAGAGUUGCCAUUGCUCGGGCUCUUAUCAGAAACCCUCGCAUUCUCAUUUUGGAUGAAGCCACAAGUGCACUGGAUUCAGAAAGCGAAUACAUAGUUCAGCAAGCUCUGAACAACUUGAUGCGAGAACACACGGUUUUAGUGAUUGCCCACAGACUGAGCACAGUGGAGAGAGCUGAUAACAUCCUAGUGAUCGACAAAGGCUGUGUGGCAGAGCAGGGCCCGCAUGCUGAACUCAUGGCCAGGGGAGGCCUCUACUGUAAGCUGGUGCAGAGGCAGAUCCUGGGGACUGUCAUAGAUGCAGAUGUUCACAACCCAUCGCCAGCCCCACCAUGGAAGCUGAAGGAAGGAGAUAAGGAGAGUGCAGAGGACUGUAGCGACACUGAGAAUGAAGCACGCUACUAAGACAAAGUUGAAAUGUGCUUCACUUGAUUGUAUGAAGGCCUUAAUCCUAGAUAGAUAUUUAUUUUAUUUUAUUUAUUCUAAUCUGGGGAUAUAUCACAUAUUUUGCAUGUCAAACAGUGUGUUACUAGACAGGAGUUCUGCACUGAAUAAAGCUUUAAGCAAUAAAUAUUUGACAUACUUGAUGUACUGUACUAUUGUUUCCAAUAUAAACAUCUUAAAUAGUACAAACAUAUCAUUAAACUUAAUUAUGUAAAUAAAAUGAAU